CAAGACUAAACAAAACCUACAAAAUGAUGAAGCUUAUCGUAGUCAUCUCAGCCUUGAUCGCCAUUGCCGCGGCUAAGCCAACCGUAUUUGCGGCGCCCCUGGUGGCGGCCGCUCCCGCCCCUGUGGUCACGGCCUCCAGCUCGCAGUACUACCACCGGCUCCAUAGCGGGCUGGCCGCGUACGUGGCCGCGCCGGCUGCAUAUGUCGCCUCCGCGCCCUACGUGGCGGCCUCGGCUCCGUACGUUGCGGCCCCUUACGUCGCAGCCCCUUACUCCGCUCCCGUCGUUGCCUUCUAAUUGAAACUUAGCCAGCAGCACACCAUGACUCAUUUGUGAUAUUUGAAAUAAAUUAUUUUUUGU